AUGAGUCUCAUUGCAACGCCGGAGGUGGCGGCAUUCUCCGUCGGCAUUCUGAAGACAAAGCCCGAGCCAUGGGGACAAUCCUCGCUGUAUAAGACCACGUCUUCCGAUAGACCAUUCGAGGUGGCAGACAUUCCCGGUAAAGAAAAGGGCCUCGUAGCAAAGAGGAUGAUCAAGAAAGGGGAUGUAAUCCUCGACGAGAUUCCGCUUUUGAUAAGCUUUGCUACGACCCUAGAGGGAAUCCCGAUGGCGUCAAAUCCGGACCUCUUGAGACUGGCCUUUGAACAACUGCCGGAGAAACAGAAAACUAGCCUGGAGGCCCUGGCUCGGACUACUGGAGGGCAUUACUAUGAGGACAUCAUGAGAACGAAUGCGUUUAGCAUCGAUGUAGAUGGCGCUGGAUUCUCAGCGAUCUUCCCCGACAUUGCGACCAAAGUAACGCCUUCACCCGGUACUCAAGAACGACGCUCCGAAUGGAGGUUGUUGCUCAACGAGAUAUCCACCCUGGAGAAGAAAUUAGCCUAA